AUGGCGCUGUGGGAGGAUUUCGAUCAUAUCUUCAGCUUCAACAAGAAAUACCAUUAUGAUGCCAAAGUCAUCGAUCAGAUUGUCCACAAUCGCAAGGCUCUAGAGAACUGCCUCUUUGCCGAUCGGCUUCUGGGCCUGCUCGGCAUCAAAGGAGUGACGAAGGUCUACCCGCCGAAGACAAAUGCCGACCUCCGAUCUCUAUUUAACCACAUUGUCUCGUCCGAGCUCGACAUCCAUCACAAGCAAGCCUUGAUCUAUUACAUCCUCAAGGACUGUCGCAGUGCGCCAGAUGCUGCAGAUCAGUUUGCGCAAACAUGCCACUUACCUCAGAAGUAUCAGCUCUUCAUUGACGGCCUCUGGAACAUGGACCGUCUAGAAUUCAGACGCGCACUCGAUUACCUCGCCGACCCCUCACUCAUCCCUACCUUCCCCGACGAGAUCCUUUAUGCUUUGACCCUAUCUCAGCUCCCCAAGCACGAUGACAGCCUGGCAAUUGCGUAUUACCUCACCGCCGCGCCGCCACUGGCAACUGAGAAGGUGCAACGAGCAUUUUUUGAAGUGAUGUGUCGGUCCAACGUUACGGAAGCAUUCUACUUCACCCGCAAAUACGAUGAAUUCCACCGUCGCAGCUUUUUCGAGCAGCUGAUUGAGUUCGUUCACAAGUCUGGGGCCGGUCAGACACGGAGCAAGCGUGCCAUGGAAUUAGUUGGGCUCCCGCUGGACGAGGAUGAGGAGUGCUGGUUCGAGGAGUGCUUGUUGCAAGGAAAUGCAAGCUCCCUGCCUGGUGCAAAGGACACUGUCAUGAUGCGAAGAUUGGCAAUCGGGCAGAUGGACGGUCUUGGGGCUGAGUUGGAGUCCUUGGGAGGCAAGAAGGUGGAUGGGCUGAACUGGGAUGAUCUGAGGGAAAGCAUGCGACACACGCAGACCAUAUACCCGGAGUGA